AUGGAUAUUGGAGGUUUGGAGACUGUUGUGGCCAACUCGGCCUAUGUGUCAGCACGCGGGAGUAUAGACAGCGCUGCCGCAGCAACAAUGCGUGACAAAAAAUAUCGCACCAAGCUCAACCUUCCUCACAUCAGACAAUGUGAACAUAUGAAGUCUACAGUGGAUUCUUCCUUCACCAGUAUGUGUGUACGGCAACCAAUUGGUAAGCGCCUCUUUCAGCAAUACCUUGAAAGUGAACCUGCUCACAAGAAUCCUGUAGAUUUGUGGAAAGAUAUCGAAGACUACAACGUUGCCCAGGAAAAUGACCGGGCUAAGAAAGCACAGAAGAUGGUCAACAAAUACUACGAGUCAUCCUCCAAGAACUUCUGCGACUUUCUGGGGGACAAAGCUGUGAGCAGGGUGAAAGAGGACCACAAGAACAUUCGAGGAGAUCUUUUUAAAGAGAGCGAACAGCAGCUCCUUGUCCACCUGGAAGCUAAAGCGCUCAGUGGCUUCAAGGACAGCAUGUACUUUCUGCGCUACAUACAGUUCAAAUGGCUGGAGAGCCAGCCUGUUACUGAAGAUUGGUUCAUGGAUUUCAGAGUGCUUGGGAAAGGUGGAUUUGGUGAGGUCCAUGCUUGCCAAAUGAAGGCGACAGGGAAGAUGUAUGCUAACAAGAAACUGAACAAGAAGAGGUUGAAGAAACGUAAAGGUUAUGAUGGUGCUAUUAUUGAGAAGCGCAUACUGGCGAAAGUGCACAGUCGUUUCAUUGUGACCUUGGCCUAUGCUUUCCAGACCAAAACAGACCUCUGCCUGGUCAUGACGAUCAUGAAUGGAGGAGACCUCAGAUUCCAUAUGUAUAAUGUGGAUGAGAAAAAUCCAGGCUUUAAUGAAACUAGAGCUUGUUAUUACACAGCUCAGAUAGUCUGUGGGCUUGAGCAUUUGCACCAGCACAGGAUUGUAUACAGAGACCUCAAGCCAGAAAACGUCCUCCUGGAUGAUGCAGGACAUGUGCGUCUGUCUGAUCUGGGGUUGGCUGUUGAAUUACCGCCAGGAAAAGACAAAACACAGGGAUAUGCUGGAACCCCAGGUUUCAUGGCUCCAGAACUACUACAGAAGAAAGAGUAUGACUACACUGUAGAUUACUUUACUCUUGGGGUCACUUUGUAUGAAAUGGUUGCUGCCAAGGGACCUUUCAGGUGUCGUGGAGAGCAGGUGGACAACAAUGAAGUGACACGCCGCAUCCUGAAUGACCCUGUCUCAUACCCCCCAACCUUCAGUAAGGAGCUCAAAGACCUCUGUGAAGGACUGAUGGAGAAAGAUCCAGACAAGAGACUUGGCUUUAAGAACAAUGAGUGUGCAGAGUUGAAGAACCAGUCCUACUUUAAAGAGCUCAACUGGGGGAGACUAGAGGCUGGGAUGCUUCCUCCUCCUUUUGUUCCGGAUCCAAAGAUGGUCUAUGCCAAGGACAUUGAUGAUGUGGGAGCAUUCAGCACUGUCAAAGGUGUCGUGAUUGACAACAAAGACAAUGACUUCUACAGUGAAUUUGCAACUGGGAACGUACCAAUUCCCUGGCAGGAGGAGAUGAUCGAGACAGGUGUGUUUGGGGAGCUUAACAUCUGGGGACAAAAUGGAAAACUCCCGAAUGACCUGGAUCCCAACUAUGUGGAAGCGAAAGGAGGGGGGUGUGUACUACUGUAAACUAGAAAGAAGCAAAACACAAAGUGAAAAAGAAAAAAGAAACUGGGUGCACAGGAAAUGAUUCAUGGUGAACAACAAAGGCAUGAAUUAUGUGAUCGUACAAUGAUUGUGUAAUUCAAAAUGUCUCCACAUGUAGACUUAUGUACCUGGACACAUGAGCUUCUUAAAACUAUCACUAAACAGUAAGAAAAUUACUCCAAGUUUACUGACAUAUUGUUAAAAAAAAUAAAUAAAUUAAAAAAAAAAAAAAAAAAAAAAAAAUAUAUAUAUAUAUAUAUAUAUAUAUACAUAUUUUUUUUUUCUGAUAGCUCUGGUGAAAAAUGCUAAAUUAUUGUAAUGUACAUGAGGUAACGUUACUGAUAAUGUUAUAGUUAGAGUUUCAUGAGGGAAUUUUUGGUCAUGGAGGAUGUUGCCAUAAAAAGAGGAAUUAAAUCUAGUAAAUGUAAAAUGAAGGAACCGAAAAAGUAACACACAUCAGCUUACAAGUCAUAGAGGAAGUGAGAUCUUUGUUUACUUUUAUGGUUAAAAUAUAUAUUUUUUAGACAUUUCAAAAGACACUCUGUUUACUGUUUGUCAACACAUUGAUUUUUUUUUAAUUUAUGAUACAUUGGUUGUAUAGCAGUCUCAUUUUAAACUUGACAAUAACAAUAAAAUCAUUUUAUG